GGGGGGGGGGGGGGGGGGUGUCUCCUUUCUCUUCUCCCAUGGGUUGCCCCGUUUCCCAGCACACCCAGUUCUGACCCCUGGACCCAGCACAGAAGAGAGUAGGCCGCCGCCAUGUCGGGUGACUACGAAGAUGACCUCUGCCGCCGGGCGCUGACCCUGGUCUCUGACCUUUGCUCCCGGCUGCGGGACUCGGAGACCAGCGACAAGUGUCAGGAGUUCAACGACCUGCGGAUCCGGGGUUACCCUCGGGCUUCGGAUGCAGACAUCUCGGUCAGCUUGCUGUCGGUCAUUGUGACGUUCUGCGGGAUCGUCCUCCUUGGCGUCUCGCUCUUUGUCUCCUGGAAGCUCUGUUGGGUCCCCUGGCGUGACAAGGGGGGAUCGCCGACCCCCCGCAAGGACCUCGGGGGGGCUCCCGGCCACCUGGGGGGAGCCCACCUGGGCCUGGGAGGGGUCGGCGGGGGCCACCUGGGCUUAGGCGGCAGUGCUCACAGCCAUCACCUCCUCCACCACCCCCACCACACGCCCUUCGUCGAGCUCCUGACCGAACGGGAGCUGGGAGGAGGGCCGGGGGGUCCCGAGACCCCCGAGCGCUCCUACCUGGACAUGGACUCCUAUCCUGAGGCUGCGGUGGCUGCCGGAAUCAAGCUGAGUCAGACUUCGCCGGACCUGCCUGGAGAUGGCGGUGGGGGCGGGCUCCUGCUCCUCCCUGGUGGGGGCAAGGAAGGUGGGGGUGGGGGCCUCCCCAACGCACAAUCCCACCAGCAGGUCACCAGCCUGACACCCUCCGUGAGGUACCCGGCCCUUCCCCGCCCUUUGACCCAACAGCCGCUGACCCAGCCACCGUUGACCCUGCCGGACCCUGGGGAGGAGCGGCCCCCAGUUCCGCCACUGCCUCCUGCCCAGGGGGAAGAGAAGAACCGCCUUAUUGGGCAGAUCAAGCCCGAACUGUACCAGCGGGGGGGAGAGGGGGGCCGGCGGGGGGGGCCCGGGGGCCCUGGGGUGGGGGCUGGGGGAGCCGGGGACGGGGGGGAUGGGGACGGGGAGGGCGGGGCGCCGUGUGGACGUUUCAGCUUCGCCUUGCGCUACCUCUACGGCUCCGACCAGCUAGUGGUCCGGAUCCUUCAGGCUCUGGACCUCCCGGCCAAGGAUUCCAACGGCUUCUCUGACCCCUACGUCAAGAUCUACCUGCUGCCUGACCGCAAGAAGAAGUUCCAAACUAAGGUGCACCGCAAGACGCUGAACCCCGUGUUCAAUGAGACGUUCCAGUUCUCGGUCCCACUGGCCGAGUUGCCCCACAGGAAGCUCCACUUCAGCAUCUAUGACUUUGACCGCUUCUCUCGCCAUGACCUCAUUGGCCAGGUGGUGCUGGACAACCUACUGGAGCUGGCAGAGCAGCCGCCGGACCGGCCCCUCUGGAGGGCUAUCGUGGAGGGCAGCUCGGAGAAGGCCGAUUUGGGGGAAGUGAAUUUCUCCUUGUGCUACCUGCCCACAGCCGGCCGGCUCACCGUCACCAUCAUCAAAGCCUCCAACCUCAAAGCCAUGGACCUCACUGGCUUCUCAGACCCUUACGUGAAGGCCUCGCUCAUCUGUGAGGGGCGGCGGUUGAAGAAGCGGAAAACGUCAAUCAAAAAGAACACGCUCAAUCCGACCUAUAACGAAGCCCUGGUGUUUGACGUGGCCCCGGAGAGCGUGGAGAGCGUGGGCCUGAGCAUCGCCGUCAUGGAUUAUGACUGCAUAGGGCACAACGAAGUGAUCGGAGUGUGCCGCGUGGGCAGUGACGCGGCAGACCCUCACGGGAGGGAGCACUGGGCCGAGAUGCUGGCAAAUCCCCGAAAACCCGUGGAACAUUGGCACACGCUAGUGGAGGAGAAGACCCUGUCAAGUUUCAUCACGAAGGGCAGCAAAUCACCCGGCCCUUCGGAGAGGGACAGGGAGAGAGACGUCUCGGAAUGAGGGCCAGAACUCACGGAUGACUUCCUCACCCCUACUGGCAGCUGGCCAGGGACCGGAAGCCAACCUCCCCGACCUCUCUCCCGCCCGCCUCUUCCACCUCUCGCUGCUGGAGGGGCCAAGCCAUUGUCCCCAGCCUCCCUGGAAACGUCCCCUCCUCUAAGCCAUAUGGACAGAGUGGCCGCGGCCCCCUAGCCCUCCCUCCUCCUGACACCCCCCCCAUGAGUUAAGGAAGGUUUCAGUCUGCCUUCUCCUGAGGACUCCCUUCCUGCCCCCUCCUCCUGUUUCCUGGAGGUCCCCAGUGUCUGUGACUUCCCCUUUCCCCUUGAGUCUUUUCUCUUCCCGCCCCACGGAAGUGUCUCCGCCCUCCCCCUCCUAUACCUUCCCUGGUGGAGGAGGGGCUGUGCAUGUUGGAGGGUCUGGGCCCCACUCCCGACCCCCUUAUAAGAGUGAGACUGGUCAGCGCCCCCCACCCCCGGCAAGUCACACGGAUCACUAUGAAUCCUAAAGCCCCCGGCCCUUUUCCCCGUGUCUGUCUCUCCCCAGAACCUCUCGUGGUUCCCCCUCCCAGAUGCCCCCAGAUGACCCUCCCACGUGUGUCCUCCCCAACCCACCCCGCCCCCUGUCCACACACACAUCUGCUGCUGCUACUGUCACUGGAAUAAAUACCAACCAUUGGGCCUCCGCGCUGACCCUGCGUUGUCUUUGGGGAGUGGGGACUGGCUCAGAGGAGGAAGAGGGACCCGUGGAGAAGGAGUCCAAGAAGGGAAGGAGCCCAGAGUAGGAAGGUCAGGGGAAGAGGGAUCUCAAGCUACACCAGGACCGCUCCCCAAAUAGCGGGGACCGGAACAGUCACAUGUAUCUAGAUCCCUUCCCACCGUGCUCUCUCUGCCUCUCUCUGUGUCCCCCUCUGCUCCACUCUGCCUCCCCAUCGAGUGUCGUUUUUGUCUAUGUGUCUCUCUGUGUACGUGUGUAAGUGGGUGUGUGCGUGGGUGUGUGUGUGUGUGUGUGUGUGUACACUCGUGUCCACCUCUUACUCUCCUUCCCCCUGCCUCAAGGCUAUGCCACAAAAGAGGAAGGGUCUGGAUUGUCCAUCGCUCCCCCCCCUUCAUUUUCCUUCCUCCCCUUCUCUUGGAGCAAUAAAAUAAAGUCCAUUUAAAACGGAA